AUGUCCGCAGUAAAGCAGCGCCUCAGUUCAGAUGCUUGUCCUCUGGAUGUACUUGCGAUGAAGCAGAGGACGAUGCUUUGCCAGAAUGAUUGGAAGGAGUCACUCUCGUUCUCUUCUCAUUCUACGAUGUCUAGCCUUCCUCUCAUAUCUUUCCAGCAGUAUGUGCAAUCUUGGAGUGGGAAGCAGAUUGCCCGAUGGAUCGAAGGUUUAGGAGAUGCCAUGAAUCCAUACCUUGGAACAAUUCGUGACAACAUACGUUGUGGGAAGCACCUACAUCUCAUUGAUGACGAAAUGUUAGCCAAUAUUGGAAUCACAGCUCUUGGUCCACGAAAAACCAUAUUGCAAGCAGUGCAUCUGCUACUCUACUUUUGCACGGAAGCGCCUUCAGAAAAUUUGCAAAGCCUCUUAAUUAAAGUAGUCAUUGCUUGUAAAGCGGUAGCUUUCGAAUUAGGGAAGGCCAUACGUUGCAAAGACGAGAAGCCUUUAACAAGAAACCAUGUUGUAGCGGUUCUGAACAGUAUUUCUCUGUCCAUGUCUGUUCUUGUAGAGCACGUAAAGAAGUUGGUCUUCUGGUUGGAUAGAAGUCCCUUCGAUGAACUCGUGCAGUACAUCGAAUUGCGGAAUCGUAUUUCUGUGUCUAUUUGGGAACUUGUGCGGAAUGUUAACGUUCAACCGAAAUUCCUAUUUGGAAUAGCCUCGGAGUUAAUUCAGAAGACCAACGAUCUGAGGGACUUGUGUGAAAACGUCAUCCGAAACAAUGAUGAUCCUGCAAUUCUGUACACCACAUACAUUGAGCGCGCUUUACUUCGUAGGCAUGACGUCAGCACCAACUGGGGCAUAAAUUUGCAAUCAUCUUUUCGAGGAGUGCACGUCAUUAGCGAAGUGAAGGUUGGAUCUCCGGCUGAUCUUUGUUGUCGAAUUGAUGCGGGAGAUGAGAUUAUGCUCAUAAAUGGAAAAGCGGUGGUUGGAUGGGACCUGACUCGGGUAGCCCAUCGCCUUGGCUCCUCCACCGACACUGAGCUUCGCUUAGUUCUCAACAAAAGGCCGCGCCAUUCACUUCCACUCCCUUUGAAGAACACUGUGAAACCAACGCGUCCACUGGCUAAAAUGAUACCUGGAAGCCAGGCAUCGGAUACCGCUGACAGAGGAAAACGCAUAUUUAAGGAAAUUGCAUAUCCAUUGAACCGCCGGCGAUCUUCGACAUUUGUGUCAGAGUUACUGAACCUCGUAGACAACAAAGGAGGAAGACUACGAACCACCAGACGUUCAUCAAUAUGUGGAGGUAGUCCUCGAAGGGAGCUAUAUUUUGAAGAAGAAGAACGGCCCUAUGUGAAUUGGGAUCUGUUUGAUUUAAUCGGGCAUCCGGCUUCCGAAAGCCAUGAAGGCACGAUUGCAAUUCCACAAAUAGUUCGUCGUGCGCGGACCAUGCGUCAUCAGCCUGAUGGAUAUGUUAGAUCUUUCAUAGAUAACAAGCUCGUACACGAGAUAGAGGAUGACAUUAUCACGGAGCAACUGCCAUUUAAUGUUAAAUGUCCAACAGAAUUCGCAGAAGUCUCGAUUGUGGGUCCCGCAGAAUUGAGCCACUUGAAUGUAGAAGAGCCCAGGUGUUCCGAUCCGGAAUGGAGUGCUCCUUACAAGGAAGCCUCGCUUCAAAGAUUCCGCGCACUCGCAGGCGACUCAAAUCUUUCGGGAUUCCUCUUGGAUUCCCCUAGAUGCACUACUUCUUCAACCGGAGAUGAUCCUUGGGUGCUGCCGAGUCCAGCGUCCGUCUGCUCUAUUCCUUCUAUUACUAGCCCGAAUACGUUUCGACUUGCACCCUCGGGAGAUUGGCAUAAUGAUGAUACACCAUCAUCUCCUAGCACUCCCGAUAUAAGAACAUCAGAAAAAGCAUUUGAAGGUUGGGUUAGGCGGAGAAAAACCGCAAAAGAACUGUUUGCGAAGGAAGUUACUAAUAAAUGGCCAAAGUGUUGGAUGUGUCUACGAGGGCCGUUCCUUAGUAUCUACCCUAAUCAAUUUACUCGCCGAGCAGACAUGAUCAUCAAUAUUGCAAAAUGCAGUGUUUCCGAUGAAACCGAACUCAAAACCUCAAAGAAAUUUGUUUUUCGUUUGUCGAGACCACCUGUGGAGCACCACUUUUCUUGUUAUAGUCAGACCGACAUGAGAACUUUACUUGAAUUCACGAAGACGCAGUCUUGGUCUAACGUUUCGCGAUGCGCUACAUUCUGGUGA